GAAAGUGUCAGAUCCUUUCAGAAUGCUUUUGCACAAGAGGUUCAUGUGGCAUUCUUGCAAUUCAAUAAUUUACGUGUCCUUUGUAUGGGAUCUUUGGUGUUGACAAGCGUUCAUUUUGCAGCGUUUUGGCUUCCAAAGGGAGUAUGUGAGGCAGCUUUGCACUGGAGGCAUGCGAGCAUGAAUACCAGGUUCAGAAGUUGUGGAGAAUCUUCAGAUACUCUGACAAGCACCACAAACUUUUACCUUUGUUUCCGAUAUGCCACCUCAAGAGCUUCCGUCACCAGCCCGGCGCACUCGCAAGCCUCGCCCACUGUUGAGCUGGGAGGGUCGGGUGGGAAAAUGGAGGGAUGCAAAAGCCGUAGAAGUUCUUGCUGUGGUUUGGGCCAAAUUCCGCCUCCGAGUGCAUGGCUAUACCACCCGCCGAGCCUGCCAUGCUUUGCGCAAAGAAUUGGCAGCAGACCUGGCCGAGGAAGCGGGUUCUUUCGAACCAGUGAUCGUGGAGGAGGCACCUGGAAGGUUGGCUGCCGCCAUAUGUCUGAGGGGCAGAAACAUCCCUACAUUGGCUGAGAAGUACCAGAAGAGGAAGCUCGGCAAAGCAUUGGCCAGGUUCGCAACAGUUAGCUGGGUAGAAACCAUCGACACUACCUCAAAAAGCUAUCUCCAAAGAUUGCACGCAUCUGUCAACCCACGUCUUCUGGAGGCAAACACAGCGACUGUUUCAUUGCCAUGUACAUGGUUCUUUGCCGGCGCGAAUCGUCCUUCAUCUCGCGGCAUGGUGUGCACUCCAGGAACUCAUUGGCAUGACUUUGCCAGGACUUUUGGAGAAGUCAAUGAAGUGCGAGUGACGUGGCAGACGGAAGAUUCUGAAAAUGUGACCCUUUUGAUUCACUUCACAACCCCAAAGUCCGCAGCUGCACUCUACGAAGUUCUUGCAUUCCGCUGCUUGCGCAACCCUUUGUGCGGACGCAUUCACUCCUUGUCACCUUUGAAGCUGGCCUUUGGGCGCUACGAGAAGCUUCUUGAAAGCCAGCUCACCCCAAAUACCUCCCAAGCUAAUGAAGCUGUUUUGCCGAGCAAACCACCACAUGCUGCCCCUGGACCAGUCUUUGAGCUACGCUUAGCCAGCCCAAAAUCCGAUGUUGUGCCACGACUAUGUUUGGCCCCAUGGCAUCCCAAGUUACUCAUUGGUCGUGCCAAAGAAAGCACUUUGCAGCUAAAGAGCUCUUGCAUUUCAACGCAUCAUGCAGAACUCCGCUUGGCUUUCAUGGAUCAGGCUUACCGACUUUGUAUUUCGGAUUUCUCCACCAAUGGAACCUACAUCAACAACGAACGGAUGGAAAAAGGUGUUGAAAAAACAUUGAAAGAAGGUGAUGUGGUCUCUUUCUCUCCUGUGCAUGACGCAAGUAAACGCUUUGCAUCACUGCCAUCUUACGUUGUAAAACGUUUCGAUCACCUGUCGAAUUUGGAGGAAGCUCACGACAGUCAGGGAGUUGAAUGCCGUGAGUUCCAAGUGCCUUGCAGCCCAAAACUCCCCCGACUCCCUCGAAAUCCAGACUGAGCAAACUUGUGGCAAA